UUUUUAUCUUCUUGAUACAUAUGUACCACAAAUAAUCCAAUCUCUUAUCAAACGGCCUAACCAACUUGACUAUGCCCCUCUCCCAACUUUGGUGGAAACAAAUCAUCAAUGCACAGAGGCAGCAGCAGCAGCAGCAGCAUGUUGUUCAAGAUAGCCAUAUUUGUUUCUUUGAUGCAACAUCUACUUACCACAUUAGGCCAUCACCAUUAUCACUCUCUGCAUACUGAUAGAGCUGCUCUACUAGCAUUCAAGAGCUCCAUAACAUCCGAUCCACAUUCGAGCCUCGCGAACUGGGACGAGCUCACACCCGUCUGCAACUACACUGGCGUGCAAUGCAGCCCAAUACAGCACCGCCGUGUGGUCUACCUCAACCUCAACGCCUCCCACCUCACAGGACUUUUGCCCCGUGCCGUGUCAAACCUCACCCAACUACGCUACCUCCACCUAGCCGACAACAAUUUCUUUGGACCGAUCCCUUGGGAAAUCUCCUCGAUCAGGAACCUUUUAGAGCUGAAACUCGGCAAAAACAACCUGCAAGGCCAGAUCCCGGCCUCCUUCUCCCUGCUCUCCAAUCUCAAGCUGAUCCACCUCUACCAAAACAGCUUGACCGGGGCGAUACCAGCAACCUUCUUCGCCAACUGCACUGGCCUCAAGAACAUAGACUUCUCCUCGAAUCAGCUCACCGGAACCAUCCCAUCCGAAAUAGGAAACUGCCCGGAUUUGUGGGCUGUCAGCUUGUACGACAACCAGCUAGUGGGCGAGAUCCCUUCAUCAUUAGGCAAUGCAACAGGCAUGCUGAGUUUGGACGUCGAAAACAACAGCAUUUCCGGCCAACUCCCUGCAGAGCUCAUCUCUCGCUUCGUCAACCUCAGCUAUCUCCAUCUAUCAGACAAUCACAUGACCAGCCACGAUAACAACACGAACCUAGAGCCGUUCUUUGCUGCGCUGGCUAACUGCACCGAGCUGGAGGAGCUGGAGCUGGCCGGCCUGGGACUCGGAGGAACUCUUCCAAGCUCCAUAGCAAGACUCAGUGAUAAAAUGACAACAUUCCAACUGCAAGGAAACAUGAUACAUGGUCCGAUUCCUUCAGCAAUUUGGAGACUAUCCAAGUUAACACUACUCAACUUAACAUCCAACUUUCUAGUUGGCAAGAUUUCACCUGAGAUAGCCAACUUGUCCAGAUUGGAACAACUCUGUCUCUCCAACAACUUCUUCACCGAAAUCCCAGCUGCAUUAGGCCAGCUAUCAUCCCUCGGGCUGAUCGAUGUGUCACACAACAAUCUCACGGGUCAGAUCCCAGAUGAUCUAGGGAAUCUUGCUAGCUUAAACUUCCUGUUCCUGAACAACAAUCUUCUCUCGGGGGAGAUACCUUCCACCAUAGGAGGAUGCCUCGCCCUGCUAAAGCUGGACCUCUCCCACAACUUCUUGACAGGAAGAGUGCCUCCGAAUAUAACCAAUCUUCAGGAAAUGCGGUUUUUCCUCAACCUCUCGCACAACCAGCUCAACGGGCCGUUGCCAGUCGAGCUGAGCAAGCUGGAGAAGGUCGAGGAGAUCGACCUCUCCUUCAACAGAUUCAACGGGACCAUCUCCAGCCUCAUCUCCAGCUGCGACGCGCUCAAGCUGGUAAAUUUCUCGAAUAAUUCCAUUCAAGGAGCUCUGCCGCAGACAUUAGGCGAUCUCAAGAGCAUCGUAGCCAUGGAUUUUUCCAACAACAAACUAUCCGGAAAGAUCCCAGCGAGCUUGAACAAGAGCAAGACUCUGGCUUUCCUCAAUCUUUCCGGCAACAGCUUUGAAGGAAUGAUCCCCACCGGCGGCGUUUUUACUAAUAUCACGAAAUCAUCAUUCUUAAACAACCCGAAGCUCUGUGGCUCCGUUCCUGGCAUUCCACCUUGCAAGCGCAAGCACUACUAUUUCCGAUCAAGAACUUACUUGAUCAUAUUCUGUGUGAUCAUAUUUGUGUCCGGAUUCUUGUCAACGAUCGGCUGCGUGAUAGGAUGGCAGCGGGUGAGAGUCAACAUCUCACGCAGACGAUCAAGAAAAGAGAGGAAAGAGUCGCCUGAGCUGACACAGAAAUUCCCAAGAAUGACAUAUAAAGAGCUGGUGGAGGCCACCGCGGGAUUCGACAACGAGAGGUUGGUGGGAUCAGGCAGCUACGGCCGCGUUUACAGAGGAAGCCUGCCGGAUGGGACGCAGAUCGCCGUCAAGGUUUUACAGCUGCAGACAAGCAACUCCACCAAGGUCUUCAACAGAGAAUGCCAGAUAUUGAAGAGGAUUCGCCAUCGGAAUCUGAUACGUAUCAUCACCGCGUGCAGCUUGCCAGAGUUCAAGGCGUUCGUGCUGCCUUACAUGGCGAACGGGAGCCUAGACGCCCACCUCUACCCGCCCGAGGCAGGGUCAGCGGGGCUCACCCUGCUCCAGAGGGUCAACAUUUGCAGCGACAUUGCUGAAGGGAUGGCUUAUCUGCACCACCACUCUCCGGUUAAGGUCAUACACUGCGAUCUCAAGCCCAGCAACGUCCUCCUCAACGACGACAUGACGGCUCUGGUCUCCGACUUCGGGAUAUCCAGGCUCGUCAUGACUGUUGAAGGCGGCGGGAUGGUUGAGAAUGCAGGGAACUCCACCGCAAACAUGCUAUGUGGAUCAAUUGGUUACAUAGCACCAGAGUAUGGUUUUGGGGCGGAGACGUCGACCAAGGGGGACGUGUACAGCUUCGGAGUGGUGGUGCUGGAGAUGGUGACGAGGAAGAGGCCAACGGAUGAGAUGUUCGUGGGAGGGAUGAGCCUGCACGGAUACGUGAAGAGUGGGCGGAUGGAGAACGUGGUGGACCAUACUCUGGUUGGGGCGUUGAGGGAUGUGUCGCCACCAGUGAUGCGGAUGUGGGAGGUCGCUAUCGGAGAGCUGAUCGAGCUGGGGCUCGUCUGCACGCACGACUCGCCAACUCUGCGCCCCACCAUGCUUGAUUGUGCCGAUGACUUGGAUCGCCUCAAGAGCUACCUUAGUGGCGACACCACUGCCACAUUCUCAUCCUCCCUUGGAGUCUCUUCUUCAACCUUCAAUGAUUCUUAGUUUUUUCCACUGUUCCCCUCUUGCUGGAAUUUUUUAUACUAGCAUACAAUCAACCAAAUGUCAAUCUUACUCUACAUGAGCUGCCACAACGUUCUAUCUAAA